UCUCAGAGAAAGAAACGAAAACAAUACACAGAACACAGAAAAGAGUUUUGGUUAGUUCACUAAGAAAAGCUUUGGAAAAUGGAUUUGACACGUCCUUCUUCUGGUCAUGAUCAAACAGAGGAUCCGACCCAGAUUCACCAUCCAGAGGAAGAAGAGCAUCACGAGAGUCGAGCAUCUAAAAUGUUGGGGAAAGUAAAGGCAAAAGCUAAGAAGCUCAAGAACAGGCUUACUAAUCAUGGCAUUGAUGGCAACGAGCAAGACCACGAUGUGGUGGAUGAAGAAGAAGAAGAUGAUGAAUCUGACGAGGCAGAGUCAGAGAAGCAUGUCGCACCAGUAAAUGAAGUUUCCAAUGUGAGAGGCUAUAGAACGAGCCAACCUGAGUCAUUGACUCAUCCCGGAGAAAAUAAUGUUCCGGCGCCGGAGGAGAUCAUUCCUUCAGAGACGAAGGAUUCAACUGAUUACACCGGAACCGUCCCCGAACCAUCACGAGAUGCUGCUUACGAACACGAGGCACCGCUUUAUCCUGUGAGAACGUCAGAUGUGUCGGAGAGGGAAGAGAGCAGAGAGACUCAUCACGCGCCACUGAACACUCCCGUCUCUCUGCUCUCUGGAACAGAGGACGUGACUACUCCCGGUGGAGAUGGGUUGCUCGGUGGUCAACGGGAAGUCAACACCGAUAUGCCCAAAAGAUUCGAGGACGAUCUGAGUGGUGAAUCUACUUAUCAGUCAAAGAUUCCGUAUCACACCCAACAAGGGAGUGGGGAAGCUGGAGAAGAUGAUCAUAAGAAGUCAGGACUAGGAACUGAGCUGGCGUCCGAAUCUGUAACCGUUUUUGGCGGGAAAGAAGAAACUGGGCCGAGGGAUGAUUUUGGGGAGAAAAGCCAUGACUUUGAUGAGAAGAUCGAAACAAGAAUCGGGAACGAUUGUGGAAAGCCAGGAACUGAGCUGAGUGAAGAUUUUCCGGGGAAGGGCCAUGAAUUUGAACAGGCGAUCGGAUCUGGAAUCGGGGAGGAUAACGGCGCUGGAAAACAAGGAACUGAGCGGAGGGAAGAUUUUUUGGGGAAAAGCUAUGAGUUUGAUCAUGAGAUUGAAUCUGCAUUCGGCAAAGAUUCACCCACCAGACUUCCCGGAGACGAAAUUUUUCCGACAAGAAAUGAUGAUAUGAAAGUCGAGAUUGGGUCGGGAAGAGGCUUGCCGACAGAAACUGAUGAUCACUUCUCACCAGAAUUCUCUGGUCCGAAAGAGAGAGAUGAUUUCGAUUCGCAGGCUGAGCAGACAAGAUACGAGGCGGCAGAGGUAAAACCCACCACCUACUCAGAGAUGAUUGGUUCAAGUACAGGUUACUCCAGCGACAUCGCAGGUGGGCAACACGAGAGUCCCAUGAGUGUCGAGACAGUUGCUGAUAAGUUUACUACUGACGACGAAAAUGUCAAAGAAACUGCAUCACCUGUGACGGAGAAACUGCCUUUCUCUGGCGGUGGACGUGAGGCGGAUGAGACAGAACGAGGGGAAGACAAAUUUGUGCCGAGUGGAGAUCAUCUAGAGGAGAAGCUGGCACCUGAAGAAGAAGACAAAGCGUUUUCUGAUAUGGUCGCCGAGAAACUUAAUCUUGGAGAAGAGAAGCAGACAAAGAUAAAGGAGGAAGUAGCCGUGGAGAAGAUCCCUUCCGACAAGUUACCGGAGGAGAUAGAAGGAGGUGAGGCCGUUCAAGAGGAAGGGAAAGGAGGAAUAGUGGGGACGAUUAAAGGGGUGUACAAUUAUUGGCUCGGUGGUACGGAGGAGGGGAAGCCGAAAUCUCCAAAUUCAGUUGAAGAGUCAUCACAACCACUUAGCCCCUCCGUUGGGACUAAAGGAUUUUCUGAUUCCGGUGAAAGCGGGUUGGGAGAGACAGGCGGUACCGCCGGAGCUGUGGCAGUGCAGAAACAACUUUGAGAAUCUGGGAACUGAGAUUUGGGGUUUGCUAGUACUAAAUGAUGUUUGUGUUGGUGUCUGUCUUUGUGUUGUCACUUGGAUGUAUUUUGAUAUGAUGUAAUCCUUAUUUGUGUGUUAAAAGGAUUAAAUAUAUGCUUGGAAUAAGUUCUUCCUUA